AAGAUCUACAACCGUAAAGCACGCUAUCAAGAAAUAAAAUAAUGUGUUAUCACUUAUCAUUUGUGAAAUGACUGAUAGGUUAUUGGCUUAUUGCCGCGCUGCAUCCAUGCAUACCAUGUUGACUUUUUAAGAGUAUCAGGACAGCCAGCUAAAGAAGGCAAAUGAUACCCGUAUUUAGGGAUAAUUUCAAGGUAUAUACGGCCGAUUUUGAGCUAACUCCUUCAUCGUGUCGAAUUUUAUAUUUGUUGUGUAUUCUUAUCUACAGCGUCAGCCGCCAGGUAUACUUGUUCUAUAACUAUCUGCAUAUAUUCUUCGUAGUCAGAGGUAUCGGAACAUUUGUUAUGUUCCGGAGGAUGGGACUGGCACGCGCUAGUUUCCCCAGUGUGGUGGGUGUGCUGUUAUUGGCGCUUUAUCCAGCGCACUGUAAUUAUCAUACAAUUACAAUUCUUGGAGAAUCGGAACCAGACGUUAUCGAAGUUCUUCGGAGUGCCUACAAACCAGUUCCAAAAAUACAAAAAGUCGAAGAAAUCGGCAGUUUAUUUCAUCACACUUUUACAGUUCACAACACAGGAGAAUGGCCGUCACAGGACAGCCGACUGCUGGUGCAGUGGCCUUACAGCGUCCGGAACCCUCAGGAAGUGGAAGAACAACUGACUUAUUUUGAAAGCGAUAUCAUUGUUCAGGAUCUUUCCACUGGACUUGAAAUACUAUCGAACUGUUCGCUGCCAGAGAUUCUGCAUAAUCCUCCAAAGUUUGCAAAAAAACGGAGAAGCGUAACUCCAACCGACCAACUCAGCAACACCAAAGGGCAAACGCCAUUCUCCAAAGCUGCAACUUCACCGUGGCAUUUUCACCUGAGCUGCAAUCACUCCCGGGUCAACUGCGUGCCGCUGACAUGCGACCUUCCGCCAAUCGGCGCAGACCAAAAGAUCGUCGUCAAGAUCGCGGCCAGACUAUGGGAGAGCACAUUAAUCCAAGACCUCGCACCGUUCCAUACGAUUCAUAUUCACUCCCUCGCCACACUAUACUUAAAUCCUCCAUUAGAGUUGCGUCACAAACGAUCCCUACCGGCAGUUUACGUUACGAGUGCGGAAUUAACGGCUGUCAUCGAACCGGUACGAUCGGAAGAUCCAGGACGAAAUUGGGAGGGUCCGUUUUUUGGCAUUGUUUUUGCCGCUAUAAUCCUACUGCUAGUGAUAUUUACCGUGAACGCUAGAAGAUCAGCAAAAUUCCGGGAGGAGCGGCACAAAAACGCUACGAACCGGAGAAGCAGAACACGGAGUCCAGCAAGGCCAAUGUAUUCUGUUGUUAAAUUUGCAAAAGUAGCAGAGCCACUGCUGGAAGGGCAAGCCACGACGACCGUUUAAAGGCUGUUCGAAGACUUGCCAAUCAGUUAAAGAAAAAUCUCGCCGACAAUUGAAAGCCCUGAACCCGGUUACCCAUUCAAGUUAAUAUUGACUGUGCCUUUAAUAUUAUUUUGGCUCCUUAUGUUGGAAAGCAAAUUCAGCAAUCAUUUCAUUAUACAUGUAUGAAGUACUCUGUACAUAAUAAUGAUGUUCUAUCCUAGCAAUACCCCUUAUAACAAAUCCGCUGCCAUAAUUAUACGACAUUUAUGAAGGCGUCCGCUGUUUAAUAACCUUAAUUAAGCGAUCUCUAAUUAAGCCAGCAACUGAUGGUUCCGAAGGAAUUAGACAUCCACGAGAAUAUUAUCGACAACAACUGAAUGGAAAAGUGAAACACAUUCCAUCAGUUGCUGGCUUCCGCACUCUGCUGCCGGUGAACUUCAUUUCGACUGCACAUUCGUUGUAAUUCAUUGUUCAUUCAUUGUAAUGUACAUAAAAUCAACUGCACCUUACAUUUCCACUUCUGGUAUUACUAAAGGUCUGUAAAUC